ACUGUAGUUUCUGAAAGCACAACUCGGGCUCAGGAAGAACGACAGAUUUUUUUUUAUGGAGAUUGUCUGAUUUCUAGAAUCCACCGUUUGAAAUCUAUGGACAUUAGCUAAUAGUUGUGGACAAUGCGUCGGUUCAGUAAACGACCCAGCUAUGCGCUUCCCGAGACAAGCCUGCCCGGAAGUAAUCGGAAGCUCGAUGCUGUUCACAUCCGACAGGAGUUGUGCGUCGCUACAUUUUAACACUAAGGACCCAGGUGCUAUUUGCUAACCUCUUGUGCAGACUGCAGAGUAUCACUUUUACUCCACCAAAAUGUCAAAACUAGAUUUGUUUCGAGGAUUUAUCCGUGAGAAACUAACAACGGCAGCUUUGGAGAUUUUUGGAGCCGUUGAACAAACGUUUGCUGAGUAUAAAGAAGAAAUAUGUCGUUCCAAGGAGGAGAGCGCACGGUUAAAAAGGUUGUUGGACUGUGUGACUCCAGCGGAGAUCCAGCGACACCGAGCAGAGCCCCUACAGAUUAAAGCGGAACAGGAGCUCGGGACCAGUCAGGAGGAAGACCAGCUCCAAGGACUGCAGUUUGAAACUACAGAUCCUAGAUUUAACAUGGAGUCCAAGUUUUUAAACGUCAAAAUGUCUCAAUUAAAUGAGAUAAGAGAACUUUUUAGUGAAAUAUUGACAACAGCAGCUUUGAAGAUUUACUGGGCUGCUGAGAAACCGUUUGCAGGGUACCAGGAAGAAAUCUCUCGUUCCAAGGAGGAGAGCAUGCAGCUCCAACGGCUGUUGGACGUUGUUACGCAACCUGAGAUCAAGCUACAGCGAAUAGACAUGCAGCAGCUCUCUUUCCUGGAGCCCCCACAGAUUAAAGAGGAACAGGAGCUGUGGACCAGUAAGGAUGAAGAGCAGCUCCAAGGACUGCAGUCUGAAACUACAGACUCCAUAUUCACUUCUCUCAGUGUGAAACAUGAUUCUGAUCAAAAGGGCUCCUCUGAAAGUUCACAUCUUCACCAAACUGUUAAAGUGGAGAACAGAGAAGGAGACUAUCUACUUAUCAACACAACUGAGGAGCAAAUCAAAGCACAGCCUCAGGUACAAGACUCUGCAGCACCAGAACCAAGCGGUGACUCUCAGCCUGUCUCUGUAGCACCAGACUGUCCUGCAGCUCAGAGUUUGGAAGAGGAGGAACAUGGAGGAGUGCUGCUUUUACAGAACAAAACACAAAACAAUGAGGCUUUUUCUCUAGAAAUGAUGAAAUCAAAGAAAAGACAGACCAAAAACAGAGAAGCACAUCGUUGUCAAGAAUGUAAAAAAAACUUUAGUCGCAAGCACCAUCUAGUUAGACAUAUGAGGACACACACAGGAGAGAAACCAAUACAAGUGUAAAAUAUACACAAAAUGUUUAACAAAUAAGCGCUGUUUGCUUGAUCACGAAAGGAUCCAUGCUGGUAGAAAAGAAUAUCAGUGUCAGGAAUGUAAAAAAACGCUUCAAUGAGGAGAGAUCUUUGUCAACACAUAUGAAGAAACAUCAUGGAGAGAAAUCCCAUCAGUGCUGAGUGUUGUUUUUAUAUCAGUUUUAAUAACUAAAUAUGUCAACAAAUAGGGUUGUAGAAAUGUAAAUUGUAAUUGUGUUCAGAGACACCAAUUCUGAAGGUAUUGAUGGGGUGCAGGCAAUUUUAUAAAAUGUUAUGCAUGCCAACACAUUCACUCCUGUCAAGCUAUACAUUUAAUAAAGGGUUUAAAGUUGA